AUGGCCAAGGGACUCUGUGCUACACGCAUGCAGGUUUCAGGCAGCCAUCUUUUAUCUCUUGCAGGUUUGGUGCUUCUCACCAACCACGGCUCAAGCGGCUCAGGGGCUCAAUUUGACCACGUUCUACCGUUGAGACUUCAGAGUCACUUUGUCCGUUCAACAACCACGGCACUGCAUUUGAUGACCCCCGGAGUCAUGACCACUAACAAACGAGUCUGGCUGAUCACGGGAACCUCAUCUAGCCUGGGUCAUGAAAUUGCCCGUGCAGCUCUCGCCCUCGGUGAUGUUGUUGUAGCCACGGCACGCGACCCGCGCAAGCUGGCCGACCUCUCAGCGGCGGGCGCCAUUACCGAACAGCUCGACGUGACGGCCCCCGACACCACGCUCUCCACCACCAUCACCCGCAUCGUGCAGCGUACCGGGACCAUUGACGUUCUGGUCAACAACGCGGGGUACAUCCUCGCCGGCGCCGUCGAAGAGGCCAGCCGCGACGAAGCCCAGGACCAAUUCGCCACCAACGUCUUCGGCCAGCUCAACGUCGCCCGCGCCGUACUUCCCCACAUGCGCCGCCAGCGGUCCGGCGUCAUCGCCAAUCUGGGCAGCAUGACCGGCUGGCAGGGCGGUCCCGCCGUGGGGCUGUACUGCGCCAGCAAGGCCUGCGCGGGGAUCCUGUCCGAGGCCCUGCGCGCCGAGGUCGCCCACCUCAGCAUCACCGUCACCGCCGUCGAGCCGGGCGCCUUCCGGACCGACUUCCUCGCGCAGGGCCACAAGGUGCGCGCCGCAAAGCACAUUAGCGAGCUGGACGAGGGCACUUCCGGCACACACGACGUCUUGCCGGCUUAUAACCAACGGCAACCCGGCGACCCGGUCAAGGCGGCCAGGUUGAUCGUGGAGGGCUGA